AUGCCUGUGACGCCUAUACUAUGCGAAAAUGCAUCCCCAUUUCCGAUUCGCUCGAACUUGAAUCAGCAGUUGAACAACGAUUUAAAGACACCCAAUACGGGGCGCGACACGCCUCUUCCACAAUAUGAGAAGACCCAAUCAGUGCCUUUCACACUGAAUCUUCAGGAAGAUGCAAGAAAUCCUGGCCAAUUUCAGCUAGUCUUCAACAUCGGGUCCAAGCCGCAAGCGCCCCACGGAAUACCCCUAGGCGAAACAGUAACUCAUGGCGUCCUAGGGGUUGAUCGAGAUGACCCGAAACCCAACACGGAGCGGCCAGUACUCUAUCAAACUCAAAAGUCGAGCCCACCUACUACACCAGUGAAAGAUCAACAAGGCUGGGCUGAUUUGGAUCACGUGCCUCCCGAAUUCCUCAAGAAAGUCGUACCGGACUGGAACGUGUCGUUCUCGCGGAGCGAUUCAGCAGCAUCAACACAAUCAAAACGCCUUUCCAAUAUCGGAGCUAAGAUCAAGAAAACGGGAAAGGGUUAUGUAGUACGGUUAUUGAAGCGUUCUGCCGCAGACACCGACCAAAUUGCUGAGGUAGACCUGGGUCAACAUGCCUUGACCAAACAGGAUUUACCCGAACAGGCCCUGGAUGAAUUGGCGCUUGAACCCCAUGAGUUGGGUGACACAUGUAAGCCAGCCGAGUUAUAUGCUCCUUCUGCUCUUCCGUCAGACAUCGACAUAGAGCAUCACUCUGCCCCGGGAACAGAAUCAAAUAGCGACAGCCAACUAACACGAACUGAUGUAUUCGAGAUUGGUACUUCGAACGAAGAUGGCAUGCAAAGACCACAACAGUCUCCAACGCCCAUACAGGCUCCUCCUGUUGUGCCAUCUCCAAGGGUCCUGACAAGGAACAGUUUGGCCAGAUACUCUAUCGCGGAGGAUAGUCUAAGCGAUGCGGAGACGUUGAUACCAGAAGUUCGUAUCCAUAAUGAACAAACCGAUUUCGAGCGUUUCUUCGGAAGUACAUCAGUUGUUCCUACAAGAUCAGGCUCGGUUUCUAGCAUCAUGAAAACACCUACACGCGGCUUGUCCAUCCGCGCAGUGCAUAAGAGGGUGGAGAAAAGGCCACGCUAUGGUAUGAAGGGUCGGGUAACGAGCCUGGACCUUAGAAGAUCAGAUGCCCAUAAGUCUAUCAAGCGUCGCCCUUCCCCAACGAUCUUUGCAGAAACUUCCGUGUUGCGAGAGCGCCGGUUGACUCCUACCAAGUCCACCGACUACGAUGACAACUUGAAGGCAGACGAAUAUAGUACCUGGCAACACUCCGUCCGUAACACUGGUGUGGUGAACACCCGGCAUCUGCGUCACGUAUCUGCAGAUGACCUACAAGUGCCAGCGGUUUCGAAAGGAAAACUUCGUUUGCAAACCAAUAUCCCCCAAGCUAAAUCUGCGCAAGUAUCGCCCAUGACUCGACGGAGGAAAUCUCCCAGGAUACGUAAAUCGAUCUCGUCUUCCGCAUCGCCAGUCGAACCAGAACAUGUGAGAGUUAGCUGUUCACCCGAGUGGACAGAAGUGAAUCAUUCAGAUAAACUCCGCGAAGCUUUGAAGGAGGUCUUGGGUUCAACUAUUCCAAAACUCGAAGAUGAUCAUGCAGAAGGAGUAACCCCGAGGCAAACCCUACCAGAGAUUAUUGAGCCGGUAGAGGACGAACAUAUUGGUGAAAUACCAUUACCAUCUGAGGUUGAGAUACGCUCCGCUCCGACCAACGUUCGUAGUCCGACGUUGUUGUACUGGGGCCUUGCUUUGAGCGCAUUGUCUGACAAGGCGUACGAAGGCUUCAAGCUGCUUCGGGACGCGUUCGGCACAGAGCCUCCUGUACCGCGAGGGCACGUUCGUGUCCGGUGGACUUGCUCUUGUGGUGAGUCGCUGUAUGAUGAUUUCAUCGAGCAACGACCCAAUGCCGCCCGACUUCUGGAAGCCUUCCUUAACCGCCCAAGGGCUCAUACUCCUAGGGAUCCAAAUAGCCAAGGGAGCUCAGCGUCAUCAAUGGCGUCUAUCUUCGAGGCCUCCAGUAGAGCUUCGACAUUAGCAACACCAGUAUCAGCACACGGCAGUUCAGCCUCGUGGGCUAGAGGCAGUGAUCCAUCCAAAUACAGCCCUUCUCGCACACGUGCCAAUAACCCGUUCAGUUUCUCUAUGCGCCCAUUCGAUACGGAAUCCUGGUUAUUGACAUGCGCAAACGAAGGGCGUCUUACACCCAAGAUCGUCCACCUCGAUGUCAAUCAAGGCAGAAUCAGAAGCGACAAGGACCUAGCAAUGGUGUUACGAGAGCACUACAACCAGCUGAACCACCGAUGGUUCAACUGGGCUCGUCUCCGCGGUCUGACAACCAUUGAAUUCGUUCAAUUCGAAAUCCACCGCAACCGCUUCGCUGAUAUCCGUGCCGCGCCGUCCAUGCCCCCUAGGUCUGCAACCUCGUCAGCAUCAACAGCUGACCCCGAGAAAUCCGCAGGACUGUCUCUGCAUCCAUAUUCUUUUGAGCCCAAUGACCUGCUCCCGCCAGUGGGUAGCACAUAUCUAGUCCACCUCUUCAAGCACCCGAACGAUUAUGACGGCGAGAUGAUAACGUAUUUGCGUAGUCCGAAGCGUCGCGAGCGACUCGAGUUUGGAAUGGGUUGGGGUGUCCAUCUUGUGGAAGGAUUUCUUGCGCAGCGCGUGUGGGCAGUUACGAUGGCGAUAUUUGGGCUCGGUAGCAUGGCGUUUGCGAUUCUGUGGACGCUGAAGAAGGGAGAUGUACAGGGCGCAUUCGGUGUCGCGCAAUGGGUGCUCGGUAUUGCAGUGUUGUUGGUCGGGGGUCUGCAGGCAUGGCUGGAGUAA